AUGAAUCAUAAGAUCGGAAGUGCACCAGACCCCGCCCCACCUGAACCGAGGCCAAGCAAAGCCUUCCGGUAUAUGGGCUAUCGCGGUUUCUCGACCUUUCUCGCAGCCGACAACGAUGCGCUAGUGGUGCGGAAGUUUGGCACAUUACAUGCGCGAGCACUGCUCAUGCUUCAAGAUGAGAUAGUCCAGCUUGAAGACAAACUCGCAGAAAUCGACCGCCAGUGUGAGGAACACAAAGUGGACGAAGCAGAUGAAUACCUAUUUCACAAUGGAACUUUUCGAGGAGAUCGUCUUUGGAACAAAGAGCGCAAUGCACUGAUGCAUCGCCUCGUGGAGGCUUUAGACCAAUAUGACCGGUUCGUCUUGAACUAUUCACGGCUGAACCUCCAGCCCAAAGCUCCACAGCGAACAAUAAAGAGCAUAAGAUCAUGGCUCAAGGCUUUUCCACAAGCCAUCACAGAAUAUGAAACUGGGUUCUUGAAGGAGGAGAAGGAAGAAGACCUCGUAGCAAUGAACCGAAAUGAAUACAUCCGUAACUAUGCAGACUCGAACGCCAUCUACUACAACGACGACAAGAUCGACAUCGCCAUCACCUCCAUCAUCCUGUUCCUCGGUCUCGUCAUGCUCCUCGUUCCCUCCUGGUGGCUAAAUCUUGCAGAGUCACACACGACUCGCCUGGCCAUUAUCACCGUCUUCAUUGCCACGUUUUUGGGUCUCUUACUCCUUGUCACACCCUCCAAGCCAUUCGAGACCAUGGCAGGCACAGCAGCCUACGGUGCCCUCCUUAUGGUGUUCAUGCAAAGUUAA